AGACGUGAGCGUGUGGGAUGACGCGCGUGGAACCCGUUUCAGCGGCAGCACCUCCCCAGCUGCAGCGACGGCGCCUCUGCAACGGCGCCUCUGCCGCAGCAGCUCGGCGUGCAGGAGGACUGCCUCCCUCCUGCAUGCCCUGCUGACCACUGCACCUCGGUACUGCAGAAACGGCACCUCGGCUGCAGCAUCACUUCAGUGUGGCUACAGCAGCAGACGUGAGCGUGUGGGAUGACGCACGGCACAGGGGGUCACAGUGCUGUGACCGCCUGUGAGUGCCCUGCUGACCACUGCUAACUCUGCUGUUGGUGGUGGCUGCAGCGCUCGGGGGAGCUCCUGUUGGUGGGAGUUUUGCUGGAGCCCUGCUGACCACUGCACCGGCCCCUGUUGGUGGGAGGGUGUGCUGCUGCUGCUGCUGCUGCUGCUGGAGCCCUGCUGACCACUGCACCUGCCCCUGCUGACCACUGCACCGGCCCCUGCUGACCACUGCACCGGCCCCUGCUGACCACUGCACCGGUCUCUGUUGCUGGCGGCUGUGGCGCUCGAGGGGGCAGCGCUGCUUGAGGGGAGUGGAGGUGCUCUGGCUGGCGGCUGGUGUGGAGGCGGCUGUGGCGCUGGAGAGGCGUGGAGGUGCAGAGCUUGUGGGAACAGCGGAGGGACCAGCGGUGGGAGCAGCGGAGGGAGCAGCGGAGGGAGCAGCGGUGGGAGCAGCGGUGGGAGCAGCGACACUCGAGGGAGUUAUUGCUGACAUGGACGGACGCUGGCUGGCUGCCUCUGCACUACACACGGCUAAGAACCCUCUUACCCUUCCCUAUUCCAAUUUACGUUACUUUCCGCUGUCUUUGUAUGUCCGUAACCUGUUUCUUUGAUCGCGCGGAAAUUUGAGGGAGGGUGCAAAAUUUGAACCUGUUUCCAACAGAAGGGAGGGUGCAAAAUUUGAACGAGGGAUCAUUGGCGCGUGGCGAUGGUAGCACAUGGCACUGGGGCGGCUGGGCUCAUACAGAGUCGCAGGGGGAUAGAACGCAUUCAUUCAUUCUCUUACCUAGUCCCCCUCGCGUGCUAGCUCCAUGCCAUGGUGCUGUGGGCUACCAUCGCCCUUGUGCUUUUCGCAGUGUGUUACCACUUUGCUUUUCGUUAUCAAUUUCGCCUCUUGUGAUCAUGCUUGCCUUGCUGCUUUUCGCUAUCACUUUCGCCUCUUGAUGCAUGUUUCGCAUGUUUCAUUUUCAUUUUCUCAUCGCAUGCCCUGGCCUAACUUCCUGCAUCCCCUUCCCCGAGUGCGUUUUCUCCCCAAGCCCCAGACCCUUGUCCCUGGCCAGAGGGAGGGAGGGCAGCAGAUGCAGAGGCCCCAACCAGCAGCACCGUGCGCAACAUCAGCAGCAGCAGCAGCACCACCAUCCGCAACAUCAGCAGCGCCAGCAGCAGCAACAGCAGUUCCCGUUUCUCGUGGCACGUUUCUCCUCCCCUCAAACUGGAACCCAAUGCAGACGGGAAGACGCCAAGGCUCUGAGCCUGGAGGCGCCUCCUUUUCCCAUGGCAGCAGUGUGCGUCGGUGCUAAGGCAGGGCUGGAGGAGAGCACUGCUGCACUGGCAGAAGGCGGCAGCAGCAGUGGCGGGAGCUGCAGCAAGGGGAGGGGGCAGCUCUGGCGGGCGUUGCUGCACUGGCAGAAGGAGACGCCUCCAUUUCCCACGGCAGCAGUGUGCCGGUGCUAAGGGGAGCGCGGCGCUGCAGGCGGGAGUGUGGAGCAGAGGGGAGCGCAAGGCAUCCUCCCUCCACCCAUCCUCCACCCACCACCCACCACCCACCAUCCACCAUCCACCAUCCUCCAUCCUCCAUCCUCCAUCCACCAUCCACCAACCUCCCUCCAUCAUCCUCCCUCCACCACCCACCAUCCACCAUCCUCCAUCCAUCAUCCUCCCUCCACCAUCCUCCAUCCACCAACCUCCAUCCACCAUCCACCAUCCUCCCUCCAUCAUCCUCCCUCCACCACCCUCCAUCCACCAACCUCCAUCCACCAUCCUCCAUCCACCAUUCUCCCUCCACCAUCCUCCCUCCACCAUCCUCCCUCCACCAUCCUCCCUCCACCAUCCUCCAUCCCCCAUCCUCCAUCCACCAUCCUCCCUCCACCAUCCUCCCUCCACCAUCCUCCAUCCACCAUCCUCCAUCCACCAUCCAGCAGCACUGGUGGGCGCUGCAGCAAGGAGGGGGCAGCACUGGUGGGCGCUGUUGCACUGGGCAGAAGGAGGUGCCUCCUUUUCCCGUGGCAGCAGUGUGUGCCGUCGCUAAAGGGAGCGCAUCUCGGCAGGAGGGAGGGGGGAGCAGAGGAGCAGAGGAGCAGAGGAGGAGAGGGCAGAGGAGAGCGAAGGCCUGCGGAGGAGGAGGCAGCUGCGACCCAUCCUCCCUCCACCAUCCUCCCUCCACCAUCCUCCCUCCACCAUCCACCAUCCUCCCUCCACCAUCCUCCCUCCACCAUCCACCAUCCUCCCUCCACCAUCCACCAUCCUCCCUCCACCAUCCACCAUUCUCCCUCCACCAUCCACAGUCCACUGCCCACCACCAUCGUGUAGCAGAGAGGAGGGGAUAGGGGGAGCGUAGAAGAGCGGCGUUGCAGGGGGUUUACCCAUGAGCCGAUGGGGUGGUGGAGGGCGGAGCUGGGACGAGGGGGGGUGAUGAGCGCACGCCCAACAAGGCUCCCAGAGUUGUCCGAGCAUGCUGGGUGGACGGUAGAGGGUUCCCCCAUGAGCCGAUGGGGUGGUGGAGCGCGGAGCUGAAGGGGCGUUGACCCGCGAGGAGGAGUGAUGGAGGGUUGAGAGACUGGGGCGGCGGGCCAAGGGGAGGCAGCUGCGGCAGAGAGGAGGGAUGCUGAAGCAGAGACGGCAGGUGAAGCAGAGAUGGCAGGUGAAGCAGAGAUGGCAGGUGAAGCAGAGACGGCAGGUGAAGCAGAGAUGGCAGGUGCAGCAGAAGGUGACGCUAAGGGAGAGAGUGCAGAGGGGGUGAGCUGAAGCAGAGGAUGCAGCUGUAGCAGAGGAUGCAGCUGUAGCAGAGGAUGCAGCUGUAGCAAAGGACGCAGAGGGGGGAGGCUGAAGCAGAGAAGGAAGCUGAAGAAGAGGGGGAAACCUCGAGCAGAGGGGAGCAGAGGGGAGCAGAGGGGGGAUGUUGAAGGGGAGAGAGGAGCUGAAGUAUAGAAGGAAGCUGGAGCACCAGGUGUGGCUGAAGCAGAGGGGGGAAGCUGAAGCUGAGAAUCCAGCAGGGGAGUUGA